UGCCAGGGAAGAAGGAGGAAGAAAGCUCCGGCUGCUGUUGACCCACUUGGACCCACACCUAGGCAAAACCCGCGCCAAACCCAGCCCCAGCUAGCUCUAGACUGCGCCAUGCGGGGCCCCAGCGUGGCUCUGUGGCUCAUCCUGGCUCUGCGCACUGCACUCGGAGGGAUGGAGGUGCGAUGGUGCACCAUCUCAGACCCGGAGCAGCAGAAGUGCAGUGACAUGAGCAAGGCCUUCCAGCAAGCCAGCAUCCAGCCCUCCCUCCUGUGCAUCCAGGGCACCUCAGCUGACCACUGCCUCCAGCUCAUCACGGCCCGGGAAGCUGACGCCAUCACUCUGGAUGGAGGAGCCAUUUACGAGGCGGGGAAGGAGCACGGCCUGAAGCCCGUGGUGGGCGAGGUGUAUGAUCAAGAGGUUGGUACCUCCUAUUAUGCCGUGGCUGUGGUGAAGAGGGGCUCCCCCGUGACCAUCAACACCCUGAAAGGCGUGACGUCCUGCCACACGGGCAUCAACCGGACGGUGGGCUGGAACGUGCCCGUGGGCUACCUGGUGGAGAGUGGCCGCCUCUCGGUGAUGGGCUGCGAUGUGCUCAAAGCUGUCAGCGACUAUUUUGGGGGCAGCUGCGUCCCCGGGGCAGGAGAGACCAGUUACUCAGAGUCCCUCUGUCGACUCUGCCGGGGCAACACCGCCGGGGAAGGGGUGUGUGACAAGAGCCCCCUGGAGAGAUACUACGACUACAGCGGGGCCUUCCGGUGCCUGGCAGAAGGGGCCGGGGACGUGGCCUUUGUGAAGCACAGCACGGUGCUGGAGAACACAGACGGGAAAACCCUGCCCUCCUGGGGCCAGACGCUGCUGUCACAGAACUUCGAGCUGCUGUGCCGGGAUGGCAGCCGGGCUGACGUCACUGAAUGGAGGCGAUGCCACCUGGCUCGGGUGCCUGCUCAUGCCGUGGUGGUCCGAGCCGACACAGAUGGGGGUCUCAUCUUCCGGCUGCUCAACGAAGGCCAGCGCCUGUUCAACCAUGAGGGCAGCAGCUUCCAGAUGUUCAGCUCUGAGGCCUACGGCCAGAAGAACCUGCUGUUCAAAGACUCCACCUCCGAGCUGGUGCCCAUCGCCACGCAGACCUACGAGGCAUGGCUGGGCCGCGAGUACCUGCAUGCCAUGAAGGGUCUCCUCUGUGACCCCAACCAGCUGCCCCACUACCUGCGCUGGUGUGUGCUGUCCACGCCCGAGAUCCAGAAGUGCGGAGACAUGGCUGUGGCCUUCAGCCGGCAGAGGCUCAAGCCGGAGAUCCAGUGUGUGUCCGCCGCGUCCCCCCAGCGCUGCAUGGAACAGAUCCAGGCUGGGCAAAUCGAUGCUGUGACCCUGAAGGGCCAGGACAUUUACACAGCGGGGAAGAUAUACGGCCUGGUUCCAGCAGCCGGGGAGCACUAUGCCCCGGAGGACAGGAGCAACUCGUACUUCGUGGUGGCCGUGGUGAAGCGGAACAGCUCCUAUGCCUUCACCCUGGAUGAGCUGCGGGGCAAGCGCUCCUGCCACCCAGGCUUCGGCAGCCCUGCAGGCUGGGACAUCCCCGUGGGCGCCCUUGUGCAGAGGGGCUUCAUCCGGCCCAGGGACUGCGACGUCCUCACAGCGGUGAGUGAGUUCUUCAGCGCCAGCUGUGUGCCCGUGAACAACCCCAAGCACUACCCAUCCUCGCUGUGCGCACUCUGCGUGGGAGACGAGCAAGGCCGCAACAAGUGUGUGGGAAACAGCCAGGAGAGGUACUACGGCUACGGUGGCGCCUUCAGGUGCCUGGUUGAGAAUGCAGGGGACGUUGCCUUCAUUAAGCACACGACUGUCUUCGACAACACGAAUGGCCACAAUUCUGAGCCCUGGGCUGCUGAGCUCAUGUCGGAGGACUACGAGCUGCUGUGUCCCAAUGGGGCCCGGGCCGAGGUGACCCAGUUCGCAGCCUGCAACCUGGCACAGAUACCGUCCCAUGCUGUCAUGGUCCGGCCGGACACCAACAUCUUCACUGUGUAUGGACUGCUGGACAAGGCCCAGGACCUGUUUGGAGAUGACCACAAUAAGAAUGGGUUCAAAAUGUUCGACUCCUCCAACUAUCAUGGCCAAGACCUGCUUUUCAAGGAUGCCACCCUUCGGGCAGUACCUGUGGGAGAGAAAACUACUUACCGUGACUGGCUAGGCCCCGACUACGUGGCAGCUCUGGAAGGGAUGCUGUCUCAGCAGUGCUCAGGCACAGCGAUCGUUGCCUCCAGCGUCUCCCUGCUCCUGCAGCUGCUCCCGCUGGCCCUCACGGCCAGCCUCCUCCAGCCCUGCCUCUGAAGCCGCUCUGGGCAAGCCUCGCCCUCCCUCGGAACGGAAACCUAUUCAGAAAUCUCCGUAGAUAAGGCUGUUCUCCUCAGUAAAUCCAGUUAACACUGCUCAGAGGGAAACGUGUGCCGGGAGAGGAAGCGUGCGAAACCACAGAGCUCCCCAGGGCUGCGAUUCCAACACUGAAGCUUCUGUGAUCGCUCCAGAGCGGGAUAAAGAGGGAUGUUACAGCAAAGCCCCCCAGCUGGACUGAGCAGGUCUCUCCCUCCUGCUGGAACCCAGCCGCUGCCUCCCCGGCGCCGCCUGUCCCUCCACUACCUGAGGCGGUGCGCUGGCCCGCCUCCCAGUCACGUCCCACCCACAGGCUGGUACAGCCGCUGCCCUGCAGAUCUGCAGGCUCCCACCACACGGAUCCUCACCAGCCUUGGCUUUGGAAGAGACCGGUUGCCAGGGAAACAGGCUGAACCCGAGCUUCCCACACGGCCCUCUCUGCUGGAGCUUGCCCUGCUGAGCCGCCCAGGGGGCCUGCUGAGAUGACAGGCCUGCCGGCCCCUCCCUGACAGUUCCCACCUCCCCCUCUGGAGGAGGGACACCACAGCCAGCACCUCCCAUCAGCCCCCGCUCCGUCUGUCCUCUGGACUCCCCAUGCCAGCCUCCCCCCCAGGAUGCUGUGUCUGUUCACCAAGGCAUCACCAGAUGAGGCUGGAGCCGGACCCCCCCGGAAGACACAGAGCUGCUGGGCACACGCAGCCCUUCGUCCUUGUCUUCUGCGGCUCAGCGCAGCACAGACCACCGGACCGCUGACUGUGCUGGGCUGGGGAGGGCAGGGAGGCCAGGGCUGGGCCCUAGGGGUGAAACCCUCAAGGGGUCCUAGGACAAAGGAAGUGCUUCUCAGUAUUUUUACUAGGUGGGGGCUUGAUGCAGGGUUGGGGGCCUAAAAUCUUGCCUAAAUACCUGUCUGUGGUAAGGACAGCAGGCCUCAGAACCGGACAUGCUCUGUGUGCCCUGCCCUUUGGUGAUGCACCUGCACCCGGCUCUGUCCUGGGGCUAAGCCCAGUCAGCGGGAAUCCCCGCUCCUGUGUUUGCUCCCCUUAGGCGGCAUCUCAGAUUAUCCCCUCCUACCCCAGCGUGAUGUCCACUGCUCUGGAGCUACUCCUGUAGCUCUAGCAGCGGUAGUUUCCUCCAGACUGAAGGGUUCCGCCUCUAGAGCAGCCCAGUAACCUCCAGGCCCUGGAGCAGCAGGUGGCCCAGGUCGCUAAGGCAGCACGAGGCCCUCUGAAGGGCCGGGAAUGGGAAGAUGCCAUUCUCUUUGUCAGAGAAGCUACAGGCCAGGUGAGGUGCUGCAAGGAGCUCCGUCUCCUCAGCUGUGAGCCCGGGGUCUCCUCACCCAGCCGUGCACUGACUGGGCCCGAGGGCCACUCACUCCAAAGGAAGGGUCCCUCCUUCCCAUCCCCUUCGAGUCAGUGGAAAGUGUCUGGAGCGGGUCUCCAUGAUCGAUCGCCACGGUUGUCUGAGGAGCAAGAAAAAGUUUCCAGAACUGCCAGCUCUUACUCUGAACUCUGCUCCCUGAAAAAAGUAAGAAGCAAGAGAAGAAACAGGAGCGAGCCACCCUCGUCAACAGACGGGGAGCCGCGUGGGCCUGGAGCUAUUUGCAUCUCAGUCUGCGGGGGCUCUGGGGAUGCUGAAGACAGGCUGGGCUCCCAGCACUUCGCCGCCACCCGUGGGCGCUGGGAUGGAUCCCUUCCACUCUCAGCAGGGAGCGAGGCCGCCGGCAGUGUCCCAGCCGUGGUCACAUGGUCCCGAGGAGUCCUGGCCCCCACCCCACUGUGAGGAGCCAGGAGGAACCGGCUUCAGCUACCCAGUGUGUGCCCUCUUCACUGGGGGAGCAAGUGAUUCUUCUCUGACCUGAUGAUUGUUUGAUUUUUUUUUUUUUUUUAAGGGAGAUCUGUGCAGUGAGAAGUGUAUUUCUGUGUGGCCGCCCUGGGCCAGGGUGGUGCCCAGGGUGCAACCCUGUACUGUGAGCCUGCCGAGGGUGUGACCUGUGGGAGUCUGAUUGUCAGGUGACAGCAGGGGGGCCACUGCUGGGUUAAUGCUAAUGAAAGAUGUUGGUUUGUUUUUUAAAUAAAGCCAAACAGCCCUGCACCUGCUGAGGCUUGGAUUCUGAUAGAAA